AUGGGUCUCCAGAUUCUCGCGCUGGCUGGCGCUGGCAUCAUUGGAGCCCUUUUUGCACGCCUUCUCAUGAGCUGGGCCGUUAUUUAUUACAAGAAAACUUUCAAAUACAGUCGCGAGCAUGGCUGCGAACUACCACCCAAGUAUCCACAAAAUGAGCGGUUUAUUGGGUACCAAAUAAUAGGCGAAGGGACGAAAGCGGCAGCAGAGAAGAGAGUCCUGGAGAUGAGUAUGGGGCGUUAUGACACCACCGGGCAUACAUACACAGUGGCAGCAAUGGGAUCAACGAUAUUCUUGACCAGGGAUCCCGAGAAUAUCAAAACUGUCCUAGCCACCAAUUUCAAAGACUUCGGCUUGGGACAGCGAAUCUACGCUUUCGGGCCUCUUCUUGGUCAUGGCAUCUUCACGUCGGAUGGUGCCCACUGGGAACACUCUCGUGCUCUUAUUCGUCCCAACUUCAACAAAGCCCAUCUGGCCAAUUUCGAAUCCGCCGAAACACACUUCCAACAUCUCGUGGCCAAGGUCCCUACAGAUGGGUCAACCGUUGACCUACAGCCGCUCUUCUUCAACAUGACCUUGGAUAGCGCCACUGAGUUCCUUUUCGGACAGUCCAUCGAUUCUCAAUUAGCAGCCGAGGGAUCCGAAUCCGAGAAGUUCUCUCAUGCCUUCGAUUAUGCUCAAGUUAGAGUUCAACAUCGCAACCGAGUCGGUCGUCUGGCCAGCUUAAUUCCUGACCCCGAGUUCAAGGCCGCAUGCGAGACUGUCCAUGCGUUUGCUGAUCGAUAUGUCGCCAAAACUCUCAAAAACCGGGACCAAGAGAAAUCCUCAUUGGUUGAUAUGGAGAAGGUUGGGGAGAAAAAGCGAUAUGUCUUCCUCGACGAAGUGGCCAAAGAAACUUCUGAUCCUAAACAACUAUGUGAUGAGAUGUUGAACAUUCUACUUGCUGGACGGGAUACUACUGCAGGUCUGCUGGGAAAUGUUUUCCAUUGUUUGGCACGACACCCUAAAGUCUGGAAAAAGCUGAUGGCCGAGGUCGAUGAGCUCGAGGGGAAGAUUCCUAAUUAUGAGACUUUGAGAGACAUGAAGUAUUUGAAGUUCGUCUUGAACGAAGCCCUACGCCUCUAUCCCGGCAUCCCAACCAACGCUCGUAUUGCGCUCAAAGAUACCAUCCUCCCACGUGGUGGGGGACCGACUGGAACAGCUCCAGUAUUUGUACCCAAAGAUAGUCUGGUCGUCUACUCGACUUAUAGCAUGCACCGGCGCCGCGACAUCUACGGCGACAACGCUGACGAAUUUAUUCCUGAGCGCUGGGCCGCAGAUGCACCCACCGGUCCAUUGAGGCCUGGUUGGGGAUAUCUGCCUUUCAACGGGGGUCCCAGAAUCUGCGUGGGGCAACAGUACGCCCUUACCGAAGCAAGCUAUACCAUUGUAAGGCUUUUACAGACCUACGGGAGCAUCGAGAACCGAGAUGGCGAGCCUUGGGUUGAGGGUUACGGUCUCACGCUGUGCAGUGGGAAUGGCGCAAAGGUAGCUUUGAAGCUCCGCUAA